AAUUAUUUAAAAUAAAAAAGACCCUUAUGACUGGUUUUGUGGUCCAGGGUCACAUAUAUGUUUACGUUAAAGACUUGACUAGCCUAAUAUUUUAUAUUAUGAAGUGCCUCUUUGAUCAUUAAUAUGAGGCACGUGAGUUGCGCGCGGUAAAUCAUCCUCGCGCUCAAAAUAAAAACAGCGGGAAAUCGCUUGAGAGACGGGAGUUCAAACUCAUCAAACAUUCUUGUUGGUUUAAAUAAAUUACAGUAUUUUAUAAUAAUUUCUCUAAAUACUUGCAGCGUAAUAACAUACAGUAGUGGAAGUAAAUACAUUUUGGAUCGUUUUCUAGACUGCCGUGAUUGGUUAUAGAGAGAUCACACACUCGUCAGACCAGACUACAGCAAAAUACACUUCAUACAGUGAGACUAUGGCAGCUUCCGGGAAAAAACAGAACAAGAAGACCAAACACACUGACAGCGCCACAGACCUGAAAGCCUUUGGCUUCGACACUCUGGAGGAAAAGAAAGGAAGUGGAUCUGACGAUGAUACGAGAGAUGAAACUCCAAUCACUGACAAGCUGAUCAAGAAAAGAUCUGCAGAUACAUUUGAUGAUGAUAACCUUAAUGCAGGCGUGGGGAAUGAGGUUCAAACUAUGCUGGAAAGAUUUGGUGCGGACAUCAGCAAAGCCAUGCAGACCAAAAGGAAACGCUUGGAGGUUCUCACCAAAAACUCCCUAAAGGGCAGCACUCAGAAACUGGAGCAAAUGUGGAAAUCCCAGCAAAAUCAGAGGCAAACGCUGACACAAGAUUAUUCUCAGCAAGUUCUCUCUGUGCUUCAGCACUGGGGGACCGAUGUUCAGAAAUCUGAGGAGCAGGAGGAGAAACUGAAUAAUUUGUUUCGGCAGCAGCAGAAGCUCUUCCAGCAGGCGAGGGUUGUGCAAAACCAGAAAAUAGACCAGACU